CUUUUAUUUUCUUCUGUCUGCUCGCAAACAUGGAUCUGCUUCCGGCCCAGGAGGCAGCCAAAAUCUACCACACCAACUAUGUGAGAAACUCCCGGGCCAUCGGUGUCAUGUGGGCCGUGUUCACCAUCUGCUUCGUUAUCAUCACCGUGGUGGUCUUCAUCCAGCCUUACUGGAUCGGGGACAGCGUCAACACCCCGCAGGCCGGCUACUUCGGCCUCUUCCACUAUUGCAUCGGCAACGCUCUGACCUCGGAGCUCACCUGUAAGGGCAGCGUGCUGGACUUCGGCUCCAUCCCCUCGCCGGCCUUCAGGACUGCCAUGUUCUUCGUCGGGAUCUCCAUGCUGCUGAUCGUCGGCACCAUGGUCUGCUUCAGCUUGUUCUUCUUCUGCAACGCCGGGAACGUCUACAAGAUAUGUGCAUGGAUGCAGCUGGCCUCAGCUGUGUUGAUGGUGAUGGGUUGCAUGAUCUACCCGGAUGGCUGGGAUGCUCCAGAAGUGAAGAGAAUGUGUGGCCAGAGGACGGAUAAGUACACACUGGGGAACUGCACCGUGCGCUGGGCCUACAUCCUGGCCAUCAUCAGCAUCCUGGACGCCCUCCUCCUGGCAUUUCUGUCCUUCACUCUUGGCAACCGGCAGGAUAAACUGCUGCCAGAUGACUUUGCGGUGGAGGGAGGAGGCGAGGGUUAAUGCAAACAGAAAACCUCUGAUGGACACACAGGCCUUCAGGAUCACAGCGUGAUAUAGAUGCACUGUGAGUGUCUUCAAAUUUCAUGACACAGCUUAGGUCAAACUGCUCAUAUUUUGUUUAGUUUUUAUAUUUUCUUUUUUUAUUUAAGCUGUAGUGGUAUACAACUUUUGCUUUACUGCUUCAUAAAUCCUACUGCAGAUUUUAACAUCUGUACUUCAUGUCAAAAAACUUAAUAAACUCAUAGAAACAACCUUGAGACAGUCAUUUUGUAUUGUAUGAACAUCUGUUUUAUUGUAUGGUGUGUUGUACAGUUUUGUAAAUCAACAGCUCACACAAAGUCUAUGUUCUUGAAUCUGACACUGAUGUAAAUUCAUUUGCCUAGGCCUCAACAGAUACAUAGGUUACCUUUGAUAUGAUCAAUUUUUGAGACACCAUUACAUAACAUCAGAUCUCACCAUUUCUAUGGUAAAAACAGUGACAUUAUUGAACAGUUGGCCAUACAUACAAUUGAGCUCAAACACAUCUUCCAUACGCUUUUAUUAAAACACAGCUACCCAGCUAAAUAAUUUUAGCUAAGAUAUAAGAUUUGUUAAAAACUGUACAUAACUGUAAUAUACAUAAAGGCAAACUCUUUGGUACAGAUAUAUACAGUUUAUUUUCACUUCUUUUUUCCUUUAAAUCGGGCUUCCUAAAAUGUCGUCUUGUUGAAACCUUUAAAACACUAUAUUCCUGAAUUGUAUUAGGUGUAUGAGAAUACCAGCCUCCCAUGAGAAUGAAAGAUCUCAUUUAUUAUAAUAACUAACCACACUAGAUACCAGGUGACAGAUUUGUUAUGGCUAAAUAAUAUGACCUACUUUAUCAGACAGUGGAUGUCUCAGUAAGAAACUAAAGUCUGUCUGGAAAAAUGCUGUGAACAUUACCACAGUCAGUGUCAAUGUCAGCCCAGUGUGCAACUUUCUAAAUCUACUUUACAAAUACAAAAUGUAUACCUUACAUGUGUAAUAUAAGAUAAAGUAAUUCAUUAUAAAAAAAAAAUGAGAGAACACAGCACUAAUGAAAAUGUACGAGGAAAAAGGUGAUAGGGAGUCCUUUUUAAGGGGACAAAAAUGACCAUUAAAGGCUACAUAUCCUUGGUUUGUUUGGGUUUUAGUGCAGGAGUGUAACAAACAAGCAUGAGUCACUAGCAGUACAAUAACAGGUUUGCUUAGUUGGGUGGGUGAACGGAGCACAGCAGUUGGAGCCAACAUAACCACAAAGAAAUAUAAUCCACUGGACUCCUGACAUCAUCACACCGAAAGAAGAA